AUGAAUUUAGGGUGUCUGGGGACAGGCAAACACCCAGAGACCGUGAUACAGAAGGGCAAGAAAUAUCGUCUUCGAUUGCUCGCCGCCCAGACAGAUUCAUGGAUGAAACUUUCUAUUGACGGCCACGAUCUCACAGUUAUUGCAGCCGACUUAGUGCCUAUUGUACCCGAUCAAACCACUAGUGUGAUUCUCGCUUCUGCAAACCAAGACUUCGGUGACUAUUGGAUACGCGCGAUAUACCAGACCGCAUGGAAUGGGAUCUCAAUUGAGAGGAAUGAUAUCAAAGGUAUCAUUCGCGAUGAUGGUGCUAGUCAGUCUGAUCUGACAGCGAAGCAAUGUUCAUCAAUCACAAAUUCCUGUGGCGACGAGCCCUACGCCAGCCUAGUUCCUUAUAUCAAGAAAGCGUCGGUAAAGUGGACAGACAGAACAACUUGA